AUUAAAACACCAUUAUCUUACUUACCUCGGUUUACAAGGCAGCUGCUACCUACCUACUCUCUAAUUUUACUGCCAGGUCUUUCCUCAUAUCAUCGCAUCUCAUCACUCCGCACUGCAAUAACAACCCCAGUUUCUUAAAGACUUACCUAUCUACUAUAUUUAGAUUCUUCGAAUCAGUCAAUCUAAAUUCUAAUAGCUGUAUCUACAUCAAGUCAUUUACCCACUACCAAUCUAUUACUACCUACCUACUUACGUGCGUGAACCAUCAUAUCAUGGCGCCUCCCGCAGGCAAACGCGUCAAAGGCGUGCAAAUCUACCGGCCCUUCAUCUACGGCACGACAGCGCGACCCUUCAACGACACCGACAACCCGCGCCCCGCCAGCGUUCCCGCCGACCACACGCACUCAUGGCAAGUCUUCGUCAAAGGCGUCGACGACACCGACAUCUUCUACUGGCUCCGGCGCGUACAAUUCAAGCUCCACGAAUCUAUACCUAACCACCUACGCACGAUCGACGCAGAGACAAUACAGAAAGAAAACGAAGGCAAGCCCCCCGCGCAGCGGCAAAAAGGGUUCGUCGUAAACGAGACCGGCUGGGGCGAGUUCGAGAUCACGAUAAGAUUGUACUAUGACAGCCGCAGCAGCGAGAAGCCGCAGACACUAUACCAUCACCUGCGAUUACACCCCUACGGACGAACGGAGGCCGAAAAGGAAGCCAUGCGCAACGGCGGCGAGAUCGUCGCCUGGGUCUACGAGGAACAGCUCUUCAACGAGCCAUUCGAGGACUUCUACAAGGUUCUCACGACGGGCGCGCGGGACAAACACGCGCCUGCCAGCGGAAAGGGGAAGGGGAAGGGGAAGUCCGCCCCGCCGCCGAGUGACGGCGGUGGCGAUGUCAAGGAGCGCAGCGCGAUGAUCCCGCUUGCGAAUCGGCCGGGACAGCCGUUUAGCAGGGAGACGGAGCAGUUGGAGAUUAAACGCUUGAAGGAUGCUGAGGACAAGGUCGAGCUGAUGGUCCGCGAGAUGCAUAAGGCGUUAAGAGAGAAGGAGGCUGAGGCCGCGGCGCUGAAACAGGCCGCUGCUACUGCCUCGUCUGGCGCCGGCGUCGGUGCUGGUUCUGGUGCUGGUGCUGGUGCGGAUGUGGGCGAGGGUGAGGCGGCUAGGCGUAAGAGGGGACGGCCGCGCCUUAGCGAAGCACUGGAUAAGACCGCGGUUUUGAGGAAGGAGGGGCAUCGUGGGGUGAAAGAUGGGAAAGGAGAGGAGGAGGAAGAGGAAGAGGUGGAGGAGAAGGAGAAGACGAAGUUGGUCGAUUUGAAGGUUCCUAAGAAACAUCUCAGGAAGCUGGGGCGCGGCGAGAGGAUCGCGUAGGGCGCUGAGUAACUAUCUACAUUACAUACUUGGGCUGAUUACUUACUUACUUGCACGAAUAACUUAUUCUCUAGCUAAUUGAGCUGGAUGCUGGCGACACGAUGCCGUCGGCUUCAUGGGCGUUGGCGGAAAUUACAUCACCUGCUGUAUAAACCGGAUAGCUACCAGAUAGCUAGCCGGAUUCGGCACGAUCUGAAAUAGGGAGGUCGGGGCCGACCUAUUCAUUGGCAUUCGGCAUUUUCGGGGGCGGGGGCGAAAGGAUUGGGAAUAGGGAAUGGAGAAUUCCAUCAUGCAUUAGGGCUUCGAAAAUAGAUGGAUGAAGAGGCUAUGCUUCGCCAACGCGCUGCUGCUAGUUCGUUCAGCUCCCGGUCUAGCAGGUAGUUCAGUCUGUGACGUGGCGUGCUGUGAGCGCGUUUACAUACAUAUUACAUAGUGGAAGCCAUUGCCUAGGUACCUACAUGCUCUAAUUAGGGGCUUGUGGGGUUAGAGCGGCGAUAGAUUAGCUGAUGAGAUGGAUGAAUUAUGAAUUUAAAAUACGCAUCGUAAAUUUGAUAGUAAAGGGGGUUAUCGUGUGCUUUCGGAUACUGUAAUGCAUAUAACAAACAUACUCUUGUGACAACUACG